AACAACCCAGGAAAAUACUCUCUGAAAAAUACCUUACCCUCUGCUCCGGUCCGGCUCAUCCCCUCUUCCUCUUCCUGUCCACCCCAGCGCAAUUGGCUUCCGCCGUCCUUGUUCCACUGAAGCUCGCGCACCACCUCGAAGGUAUCGAUCCCGUCCUUGUUCCCCUCUACUCGCUUGGCCUACCGUGGACUGGAGAUCUAACCGGGCCUGGAUUGAUUUCGUCUGUUGAUUGCAGAAUUGAUGAAACAAUUGAACGAAUCGAGCAACCAGUGUUCGGAUCGGUGACUGUUUGAUGCUGGCGAUCGAGGACUCCUGCAGAAAUGGACGUGGUGGGAAUGGUGGGGCGCGGGGUGGGCCGUGUCCUCUCCCAGGGCAUGUACUCCGUCGCGACGCCCUUCCACCCUUUUGGCGGCGCAGUCGACAUCAUCGUGGUUGAGCAGCCUGAUGGCUCGUACCGCAGCACCCCCUGGUAUGUCCGAUUUGGCAAGUUCCAGGGCGUUCUCAAGGGUGCUGAGAAGGUUGUCACCAUCACUGUCAAUGGUGUGGAAGCCAGCUUCCACAUGCUGCUUGACAACUCUGGCCAAGCCCACUUCAUGCGAGAGCUUGAGCCUGGCAGUGAAGACUCUCGAACAGGUCCAGGAGAAGUUAUCAAUGAGCCUGAAACUCCACUUCGUAGUAAGAGCGAUGGUGAACUUUACAUUGGCACCAAUGACCAGUUGGUUUGCCCGGAGUUGAAUGAGAAUCAGGAGGAAGAAACUGGAGAGGAAUUUGAUUCAUAUGGUUAUAGCAAGCUGGAGGAAGCAGAAGAUUUGACAAAACAAGCUGAUGGGGGCACUUCAGACAUGCUUUUGGUUAGUGUUAAUGGGUGUGUUCUAACUGCUCCCAUUUCUUCAACAGAAGAGAGCAUGGAGGAUGUGCAACUAAGUGAACCACAGUUCCAUUUGGGACCUGGGCAGAGCUCGAGCGGGGACUUCAGCCGCAGUGGCGAGGUGUGGGAAACUGGCAUUUUAGAUGAUAUAUACAUAUCACAGGAAAAGUUGAAGUUUGAUUCUGAACACCCGUCAGAAGUUUCGAAGGAGCUUCAGGAGGUAUUAAUUGAGAAGGAUAAGUCCCAUGAUAUCAGAGUUAAUGAAUAUGAAGUACAGCUUCAGGAGGUAUCAAUUGAGAAGGAUGAGUCACAUGUUCUCCGAGUUAGUGAAUACGAAGCACUCCAUGUGUCAGUUAAUGAAGGUGAGGCUUUUGUUGCAUCAACAAAUGAAGUUGAAGUUCAGGAUAUAUCACAGUCAGGGAACAAUGGUUCGAAUAAUCAAUUUUUGACCUUGGAAGAUGAGGCUCAUGAUAUUUCAGGGAACAACAUUGAGAACCAUCGACCCUUGCCCAACAAAGAUGUGGCUCUUGAUGUCUCAGAGAGUAAGAGUCAGGGCUAUCAAACCUUGACCAAUGAAGAUGAGGCUCGUCAAUUGUUGACCUUGGAAGAUGAGGCUCAUGAUAUUUCAGGGAACAACAUUGAGGAUUAUAAAUCCUUGCCCAAUAAAGAUGUGACUCUUGAUGUCUCGGAGAAUAAUAAUGAGGGUUAUCAAUCCUUGACCAAUGAAGAUGAGGCUCUUGAUGUCUCAGAGGAUAAUAACGAGGGUUGUCAAUCCUUGACCAAUGAAGAUGAGGCCCUUGAUGUCUCGGAGAAUAAUAACGAGGGUUGUCAAUCCUUGACCAAUGAAGAUGAGGCUCUUGAUGUCCCGGAGAACAAGAUUGAGGGUUAUGAACCGUUGACGAAUGAAGAUGCGGCUUGUGACAUCCCACUGGUUCAGGUUGAGGAGGCUUGCAAGUCCCCAGCUAAGAUACACAAGGUUGGUGAUGCCAGCAAUGAGAAUAUUGAGGCUCGAUUAGGGAGAUACGAUACUUUUAGAAGUUGUUUGGAUCUGACAUCACAAGAUGAUGGGGAUUCAGGAACCGAGCCCUUUUCUCCUGAAUUCGAUCAUCAGAGGGAUUCUCAGCUUAGUCUGAGUAACCGCUCUGAUGUUGACAUAGAUCUGGGGGAAGAUGGAAGUGAAAGUGCACACUGUGAUCAUCUAGAUGAAGUUGAUGUUUCAUCAAUUACGUCAGAUAAUAAUAUAACACAAAGCGAAGACAGCUCUCCCCAUUAUGGCAAGGCAUCUGACUUGUCGUACGAAGGAGGUUCUUAUGACAGGAGUAAAGACACCAUCCCUUCUAAAAUUCGUUUGCAUUCAUCCCCAAGAAGCAGUGACAAAGACAAAUUAGGAAGCAUUCCAGAGAACCCAUCUGCUGAAGAGGAACUAAACAAAGAACACCCCCGAGUACAGAAGGGCUUGGGGUUUGAGAUUUCUCUUUGUGGGCACAUGCUACGGCCAGGAAUGGGCCGGACAUCUGCUGAUGAUGUCUUCCAACAACAUCUUGUCCAUGAGGAGGAUUUUAAGUCAUCUGGGCCAUCAAUAAUAAAAAAUGCAAACCUUAUUGUCAAAAUAGGCUGUAACUAUUUUGUAUGGAGUAAAGUUUCUCAUAUUAUUCUUGGGAAGGCUGUAUUUGGUCCAGACUUCAGUGUAGAACCUAUUGAUGCUAUUCCAGUUGAACUCCAGGAAACACCUGGUUCGAGAGAAGAUUCUCUUGGGAUGUCUCCCUCAAGCCGGAGAUGGAGACUUUGGCCCAUUCCAUUUAGGAUAUCAAGAUCCCUUCAACGCAGUAAUAGUGAUUCUUCCGAGGAUAUUUUUCUUGAUACUGAGACUGUCUUGAGUCCAAUGGAUGAACAAGCCCCGGAGAACAAAAAAAACCAGUCACCAAGAAAGCAAUUUGUGCGGACUUUAAUUCCCACUAGUGAACAGGUUGCAUCCCUGAAUCUGAAGGAGGGACAAAACAUCGUAACCUUUAGCUUCUGCACCAGAGUUUUUGGGAAGCAACAGGUUGAUGCACAUAUAUAUGUGUGGAAAUGGAAUGCAAAAAUUGUUAUAUCUGACGUGGAUGGAACCAUCACAAGGUCUGAUGUGUUGGGCCAGGUAAUGCCAUUAGUUGGACGGGAUUGGAGUCAGUCUGGUGUUGCUCGGCUUUUUUGUGCAAUAAAGGAAAAUGGUUAUCAACUAAUAUUCCUUAGUGCUAGAGCUAUUGUCCAGGCAUAUCUGACAAAAAAUUUCCUCUUCAAUCUAAAGCAGGAUGGGAAAGCACUGCCUAACGGACCUGUUGUAAUUUCACCUGAUGGUUUGUUCCCGUCGCUCUACAGAGAAGUUAUAAGAAGAGCCCCACAUGAGUUCAAGAUUGCUUGUCUGGAGGACAUUAAAGCACUGUUUCCUUCCGACUACAAUCCAUUUUAUGCUGGAUUCGGUAACAGAGAUACAGACGAGCUUAGUUAUAAAAAGAUGGGAAUUCCCAAGGGCAAGAUUUUUAUCAUCAACCCGAAGGGUGAAGUAGCGAUCAACAGUUCUGUUGAUGUGAAGUCCUAUACCUCCUUACAUACCCUUGUCAAUGACAUGUUCCCUCCAACAACUCUUGUUGAACAGGAAGACUACAAUUCCUGGAAUUACUGGAAGGUUCCAUUGCCAGACGUUGAUUUGUAGUGUAUCUUUGACAAAUGCAGCAGUAGACACAAGUAGUCACCUCCAGGCUCCAGCAUAACAGGAAAGUUCGUGUACACUAGUUCUCAAGCGCCACAGCAGAGUUCUGUCCAACUUGUAAAGCAUCUCAGGAGUUUCCAGAUGUACUGUUUUGAUCGCCGUUGCAAAAGUUCCAGUUUUCUUUGCUCCAGCGCAGUUCUGUCACGAUCAUUCAUCUUUUAGGUAGUGAUCUGAUUGACGUUGUUGUGGAACUUAUUGCCAUGUGUAGAGGCCGAGGCUCUUGGCAUCCUCAAUUGACAACGAGAUAACAUGAGUGUUGAUCUGUUAUCAGCAGCUGGUAGCCUAGCCUGCAUUACUUUCCUUAUUCCCGUAGCUGCAGCUUGUCUGUCAAUUAGAUGAAUCCUGGUACAAGAAAGCAACUGGAAACAGAAACUAUCAAACACGCUGUAUGUUGUACGUGGAAAUAGAAAUAUGAUUCUGCAUUUCUUGCGCCA